AUGUCCGGUGAGUUUCCCUUUACGGCGAAAAUAGUCAGUCCAGUCAAGUGCAAUGAGAAGCCUUGGGAUCUGUGGGUUAGUGAAAUAGGCCACCUGUCGCCUCGUCCUGACGAUGAAGUCGGGGUGUUCACGACGCCGGCGGCUGUGGAGCCGAAGGGUGGCGCGUCCGUGCGGCGAGUGCACGACGCUCAUCCAUAUAAAUUGGCGGAUAGAGGACAAGCGCGGUAUCGUCGCGCGGGCCUUAACCGCCUCAAGUAUGAGAGCAUGAGCCUACAUGGACUCUUCCCACAGAUGGACAAUUUAAAUGCAGCCGUGUGUCAUAUGUGUGGAGUGGUAGUGAAGUGUUGUGCAGCAUAUAGACAUUUAGUAGAGUCCCAUUCAGGAUGCGAACCCAUUCUCCCCCCUCCGCCGCCAGCGCCCACAGUGAAGCUCAAAUCGGUACCAAGCAGGAGUAGACACAAAAAGGAGGUGCCACCACCACCCCUUCCUGUAGAUUUUCUCCCAGUGAAGAUGGAAACUUCCCCGGCACACAAUGCAACAGCACCACUCUCUAGGAUAGUGCUGCCACAGCCUGAAAUGCAAUACUUAGAUGAGGCCAGUACGUCAGCAGCAGGAGAAGUACAAGUUAGCGUUGAAAGUGGAGAGUUACCAGUUGUUAGUAUACAGGACACAGAUGAAUUGCCCCUUGGUGAAAACAUUACCGAUGACAUAUUUGCAAUAAUGAACUCUGAAGGGAUUCAGAGUGCCGAUGACAUCACAAAUGCUGCCGACUGGAAAAACAUAAUCAGAGAUAUAGGAAAUAUGCAGGAGAUCAAUUUUCCUCAGACCACCGACACUGUGCAAUCACAAGACUUAUAUACAUCAGUAGAUGCAAACUCUCUUUAUACCAUAGCCGAUACAGAUUUAUCUAGUUUACAAUUUGCAACUAACACAUCUCCGAUGCUAUCAUCUGUGAUAGACACAAAUGUACUGAAUGCUCAAGCUUUAAAACCGGUGGCGCCUAGCACACCGUCGACUAAGUCGCAAUCUCGAUCGAAAACGAGUAAAUCGAAGUUUAACUUGCGUGAAUACGAUCCGAACAAGCACUGCGGCGUGGUGACCGCAGAGAACCCGAAGCCCUGCACGAGGUCCCUGACGUGUAAAGCGCACGCGCUGUCGCUACGCAGAACGGUGGAGGGACGGUCGAAGCCAUUCGACACCCUUCUGGCGGAGCACAGAGCGUCACGGGACGCCAACUCCUCCCUGUCUAACUCCGCACCGGUUUCCCUGCACGCAGCGGCGGUUCAGCCGUCGCCAACCACACCGCUCAACCUCCCACCUCUCCUCGACACGAACCUGGACCUCAGCGUGCUCAACGGCCUGACUGCCGAGCAGCAGGUCAACGAUAUCUACGAGAGCCUACUCAGCGUCGAGGACCCGAACUGCGUGCUGCCAGACACGUCCAGCAUAACAUCCCUUCUCAGCCAGCCGCUGCCACCGGGGCCCUACCUGCUCCCCGAUGUCGCGGAUCUGCCGACCGACGUUCCUAUACUGAGUAUAGCAUCGCCCGUCGAGGCCGCGCCGCCUGUAAAAGUGGACGAGAAGCCCGAGGGUCCCCCCCACUUGGUCCCCAGCGACGUGUGCUGGUACUCGUCUUGCCCCAGGCCGCUCGCCCUGUGCACCUUCAACGCGUCCCACGCGGGCGGCGCAGUCACGCUAGGCAAGAAAUUCGCGACUGUCCGGAGUAACAUCAAGUCCUCGCUGAGCAGGUCGUGCAAGUCGAGCGGAACGUCGAACAAUUAUUAUUACCAGAACGCGCUCUCGUUAUCAAAGACAAUGCAUAUGAACAAUACCAGUAAGACUAACAAGCCCGAAGUGCGCAAACUAAUAGUGACGUGCAGUGCUACUAGUGGUUGUAAAGAUGUCCAACAGACAUUGAGCGAUCUCUUUGGCAGUGCGGACAUGAGGCAUACGUUAAACGGGCAUUUAACACAUGUAGAGAGGAAACCUAGGUCUAGUUCAAUAAAGAGCGCUAAGCGACCUUCACCGGCCGUGCUGGACCUAGGUUUUGCUCUUGAUCCUCUCCUUGCAGAUGAGAAAUGU